GCCGCUACUGUGGGUUCCCCGGAGAGUGGGAGGCGGGGCCCGAGCCGGGAUGAGAUCGGAUGGCUGGUUGCUCUUCCCGGCCAUGGCUCUGCGCUGCUGGCGCUGGUGGCACUGGUCGGCGUGCCCUGGGACCCGGCCGCUUUCCGCCGGCAGUAGGAGUAGGAGUAGGGCACCUCUAGGGCUGGGCUUCUGCCAGCAGUUCUCCACACAGCAGCUGAGCCCCCAGAUCUGUGUGGUGGGCAGUGGCCCAGCGGGCUUCUACACAGCCCAACACUUGCUAAAGCACCACACCCAGGCCUACGUGGACAUCUACGAGAAGCAGCUGGUGCCCUUCGGCCUGGUACGCUUUGGUGUAGCGCCCGACCACCCCGAGGUGAAGAAUGUCAUCAGCACCUUUACCCAGAUAGCCCGCUCGGACCGUUGUGCCUUCCAUGGCAACGUGGUGGUGGGCAGGGACGUGACCGUGCUGGAGCUGCGGAAGGCCUACCAUGCUGUGGUGCUGAGCUUUGGGGCGGAGGACCAUCGGGCCCUGGAGAUUCCUGGUGAGGAGCUGCCCGGUGUGUUCUCAGCCCGGGCCUUUGUGGGCUGGUACAAUGGGCUUCCUGAGAACCAGGAGCUGGCUCCAGACCUGAGCUGCGACACAGCCGUGAUUCUGGGGCAGGGGAACGUGGCUCUGGACGUGGCCCGGAUCCUCCUGACCCCCCCGGAGCAUCUGGAGAAAACCGACAUCACAGAGGCUGCCCUGAGGGCACUGAGACAGAGUCAGGUGAAGACGGUGUGGAUAGUGGGCCGACGUGGACCCUUGCAAGCAGCCUUCACUAUUAAGGAGCUUCGGGAGAUGAUUCAGUUACCAGGAACCCGGCCUAUUUUGGAUCCUGCGGAUUUCUUGGGCCUCCAGGACAGAAUUAAGGACCUCCCCCGCCCAAGGAAGCGGCUGACAGAACUGCUGCUUCGAACGGCUGUGGAGAAGCCAGGGGUGGAGGAGGCUGCCCACCAGGCAUUGGCCCCCCACUCCUGGGGCCUCCGCUUUUUCCGAAGCCCCCAGCAGGUGCUGCCGUCACCUGACGGGCGGCGGGCAGCAGGCAUCCGCCUGGCAGUCACCAGGCUGGAGGGUUUUGGUGAGGCUGCCAAGGCUGUGCCCACUGGAGACACGGAGGACCUUGCUUGUGGGCUGGUGCUGAGCAGUGUUGGGUAUAAGAGCCGCCUCAUUGACCCCACUGUGCCCUUUGACCCCAAACUUGGGGUUAUCCCCAAUGUAGAGGGCCGAGUUGUGGAUGUGCCAGGCCUCUACUGCAGCGGCUGGGUGAAGCGGGGGCCUACAGGUGUCAUUGCCACUACCAUGACUGACGGCUUUCUCACUGGCCAGACGCUGCUGCAGGACCUGAAGGCUGGGCUGCUGUCAUCUGACCCCAAGCCUGGUUACACGGCCAUCGAGGCCCUGCUCAGCAGCCGAGGUCUGGGCCCCGUGGGUCUGGCCUGUGUCAUUCUCGGACUGGGAGAAGCUUGAUGCUGAGGAGGUGUUCCGAGGCCGGUGCGCUGGGAAGCCCAGGGAGAAGCUGCUGGAUCCUCAGGAGAUGCUGCGUCUGCUGGGCCGCUGACCCCAGACCCCAGACCGGCAGUGGCUGGAGGAGUGCUGUGUAGGGAAGAGGAGCCCAGGUCAGCCUGGGUAGGACUGUGUGCCACAGCUGCACUGCCUGUUCUGCCUGGCAUGGGACCUUGGCUGCCUCUUCCAGGGGCCUCUGAGCACUUUCUCCUGCCAGACAGAAGGUUGCUCUUGCCAGUGUGGGUUUAACUGUUAGGACGGCUUGGAGGUGCAGGCUGACCUUCCUCCCUCCCACCUCUCUCCAGCUGGACUGUGGAGGGUCAGCAGGUCGAGCAUAUGCUGGAAAUAAAACAGCUGCAACAGGCGG